AUUGUAAGCAACGUUCCAAAUGAAGUAUCUAUGUCUGCUAUUAUUGGCCACGUCAGUGGUUGGUCAAUUUGAAAAAGAUUUAUACCACUAUCUAAGCAAAGAGAAUUUAAGUAAGAAUAUAAUAUUUUCUCCCGUCUCCGUCAAAAUCGCCCUGAGCAUGGUCUAUAUGGGAGCUGGGGGAAAGACAGCCCAAGAAAUAAGGAAAGCUCUGACCCUUCGCAAGGAUAAGAAAGAAGUGGCCCAUAAAUACAGGGAGCUUCUGACCAGUCUUGAAGGACGCGAAAAGACAACCCGCCUUGAAGUGGCCAAUCGCAUAUACGUAAACGAUCGCAUCAAGAUAGUCCCGGAGUAUAAUCAGCUUGUUAAAGAUGCCUUCAGGGCCAAAGCGGAAGCCAUCAGCCUAGAUGAUCCUCAGAAAGCAGCUUCCAUAAUUAACAAGUGGGUGAAAGAUCAGACACAGAGCAAGAUCAAUAGCAUAGUUACGAGGGCUGACAUGAGUCCAGAUAUGCAAAUUAUCAUCUUGAAUGCAAUUUACUUUAAAGGCCGAUGGGAGCAACCUUUCAAAAAACAAAAUACCACUCAGGGUGUUUUUCGCACUGCUGACAAAAAAAGCGUUAAUAUCAGGAUGAUGUCGCAAGAGGACGAAUUUGGGGCGAUGUUUAUACCAGAUCUGGAUGCAAAAGUAAUUGAGCUACCUUAUUACAAUUCCAACAUCAGCAUGGUCAUCUUCUUGCCGGAAAAAGUCGAUGGCUUACAAUUAUUGGAAAGCCGAAUCGGGGGCAAGUUCCCCCUAGAUCUGCCAAAGAGAAAAGUGAAUUUACAGCUGCCACAGUUUAGUAUCGAUUUUUCGCGAAGUGUAGAGGAUAUUCUUAAGAAGAUGGGUAUAAAAGAGGCCUUUAGUUCAUCGGCGGAUUUUGGAGGUCUAGUAUCACAGUCAUCAUCUAGGAUCAGCAGUGUCUUUCAAAAGGCCCAUAUUAAAGUAAACGAAGAUGGUUCCGAGGCAGCAGCUGCAACAGGUGUUCGAAUGAUACCCACGUCGCUAUGCAUUACUUGUGAGAAGCAGCCAGUCUUUGAGUUCAAAGCCGACCAUCCGUUCGCUUUUUUCAUCCUCGACAAAAAAACAACAUACUUUCAAGGACACUUUGUGAACCCAAAUGAAGUUUGAUAAGAGAAAUGUUUAGAUUAAGUUACAGUUUUCCUACAUCUUUUAAUCAAUUCUCAAUAAAAAAAAGUAAUAUUUAAUAAAUUUGUAAAACUUAGAACUAGA